UGGAUGCUCUGCACGCAUGCGCAGUCUACCUGUGAGGCUGCACAGAGGGCAGAAACACCCUCUGCUGUUUAGAGACCACAUCCUGUUGACUGUCUACUGUCUACUGUAACUCUACAGUCAGUGAAGACGCUGCUUUGCUCUGGAUCAAGUGUGUAAAGGAGGACCAGGCUGAAAUGAUCCCGCCUGCGAUCUAAACACGACCUGACUGCUGUAAACAUCAGACAGGAACUUUCCUCGUGGCCCUCACUUCCUGCCAGCACCGCCAUGUCGUGCCGGGACAUCCACGCCACCAACGCUUUUGCCUUCCUCGUUGCCUUUGUGUGUGUGGCGGGGAUUGCCGUGGCAGCUUUAAUCCCACAGUGGCGUGUAACGAGACUCGUCACUUUCAAUCGCAAUGCCAAGAAUAUCAGCGUGUAUGAUGGGCUGUGGGCUAAAUGUGUGAAACAGGAUGGCUAUUCAGGAUGUUACUACUAUGAUUCAGAGUGGUACUCUAAAGUGGACCAGCUAGAUCUGCGGCUCCUGCAGUUCUGUCUGCCUACAAGCCUGCUGUUUGGCUCUCUGGCCUUGCUGCUGUGCAUGGCAGGAAUGUGUAAGACUUGCUGCUGCUCAGACAAGCCUGAACCGGACAUUAAGACCCUCAGAUUCCUGGUCAACAAUGCAGGCUGUCACCUGGUGGCGGGGACGUUCUUGUUGCUGGGCGGCGCUAUCGCCAUCGCACCCUCUGCGUGGUUCCUGUUCCGCACCAAGGAAAUGAACAGCAGAUAUGACAACAUUUUCUCAGACGGCUUUGCUGUGUAUGUAUCUAUAGGCUGCUCUGGAGGACUAAUGCUGGCCGCCCUGCUGAUGUUCAUGUGGUACUGUAUGUGCAAAAAGUUGCCUUCACCCUUCUGGUUGCCUCUGCCCUCCAUGCCCACCUCGCUGUCCGCCCAGCCUCUCACGGCCAACGGAUAUCCUCCUUCCCCAGUUUAUGGUCCUCAGCCCUUCCCACCACAGGCCUUUCCUCCCACAGUGAUCGACGCCCAGCCUUAUGUGACCUCCCAGGGCUACGCUCAAAGUGUGGGUGCCCCUGUACCGCCACAGGUGUACAUGGCUCACAUUUCUGCCCCAGAUGGGUAUGGUUCAGAGAUGGGAGGGAACCAGGCCUACAGCUACGCUCCCUCGCAGAACUACGCUCCGUCGCAAAGCUACGCUCCGUCGCAGAGCUACGCACCCUCGCAGAGCUACGCACCAUCUCAGGGCUACGCAUCCAGCUACGCAGGCCAACGCUACUCCUCCCGCUCACGGAUGUCUGCCAUAGAGAUCGACAUCCCCGUGCUGACACAGGGACAGUAAGAGAAGAGAGGCUGAUAUCGUCAGCACAUUGAAGGCUUCUGUCCAUUAACCUCCAUGAAGUAGACCACUGAUAAAGCUAACACAGUUUAAUAACAUGAGAGCUAUUUGCAGCCACUAGAGUGAUGCAGUCAGUCAGUCUAGGUCUGUAAAUUGCUGAUUAUAGAAGAUGAAACCCAGUCAAAAGAACCCUGAGGUUACUAUAUGAAGGAUGACGUUUUAUUAAAAACAAAGAUCACUAGUGGAAACAACACUGUAUUCAGCUUAGUACUGUAAAAAGGGAAGAAAAUAAACAUUUCCAGCCACAAAUACUGAAAGACACCUCAACCAACUAGCCUUUUUCACUGUUUUACCAGCAGAGAAGGACCACUUAACAAUAGCUCCUAACUUGCUGAAGUGGCCAAUGGACCAGCUUACUAACUACAAGCAAAAUGAAAGUAGCAUUUGUGAAUGAAUAUAAAUUCCCACUCUUGAUUUUAGACUAAAGAAGCCCCGAUGAUGGCUGCCAAAAAGCGAGUUUCUGUUACAUUUGUUUAUGUUGGACACAUUAUAUUCAUACUCAAAUGACCUGUCACAUUUGUGUAAAGCUUACAGUAUGAAAGUCUUCUGUUAUCACUACUGAACAAAACUUUAUAUUACGUGGUUCUAGAUGGACAACUAUUAACUAACUCACCUGUUGAUAUCCUUGUUGUGUAACAUAGAAUUGUUAAUGUCACUUUGCCCUGUGAAGAGCAGCUGUUUUAAUGCACUAAUUAUGUGAAUACUGUGCCAGUGUACGUUGCCUUUGUUCACUUUGUUAUAGCCUUGAGUAUUUUCUAACAUAUUACUUAAUCAUUUCUUUUUCCGAAUUGUUAAUGUCAAAAAACUGUGGCACUAAGAAAUGUGUUAGCCGUGUCAAAUGUAAUGUACAGAUGCACAUUUUGAUCACUGUGUAGAAUUACAUUUUAAUUAUGAACUGUAAUGUUAAAAACACUAACAGAAAUGAGAAAUGAGUGCUGUUCAUUUCAUCUGCACUCAACAUGUCCACUGAUGAUUAAAACAUUUGCCAACUUAGCUGGAAGUGUAACGUUGUCCUGCGGUGGUAGUACUUGUAAUUCAGCCAAUUUUACAGAUUAAGUCUUGCCUUUGCAUAAUGAGCACUGAUCAAAAGUCUAAUGCAUUCAUGUUAUUCUACAACGUUGAGGUCAAAUGUUUUUUCUACACUGUCAUCUUUUUUUGUUUUUAUUAAAACAUAAAUCACAAUG